AGAAAUUGAACAUUCUCUGGCUCUCUCCUCCGUUCACAAUUAUAAAUCUGACCAGAGCUCCCCGUCUCGCGCAGCCUCCUCGUUCCUCACGGCGCGGAACGUUUGCGUCCUGCUCCUCUUUAAUUAUUCGGAAAGUGUUUUAAUACAAGGACAUAUUCUGUGAUAGGAGCCCACUGCCGCUAGCAUGAACUCGACAAGAAAUUACAAACCAAACAUGGUCAUUCUGAUUCUGGCCGUAUUUGCUGGCGUGUGGAUGGCACGAGGUCAUGGUUCUUAUAUGGAUGGGAGGUUAGCAGUCACCCAAAGAGGAGGACAGGUGGAAGCAGAGGACGGGUCCAAUCCAUAUCACACCACACAGGACACAGAGAGAGCCCCUCCGCUGUUCACAACGGCUCCCCCUUACAGUGGCCUCGACCACCAUCCGCCUUUUAAGCCCUACCCGCCUUACGACCCCCGGGGCCAAAGCCACGAGCAGUAUUUUCAAGACAGCGGAGGGGCAGCUCACCAUCCCACAAUGCCAUCGUCUAGUUCCCAUCUCCUUCAGGAUCUGUCCACACAGCUGGUCCCACACGAGGAUGUGCCUCCAUUCUCUGAUGUAGCAGCUCCCAGAACCACCACACUGGCUCCAUUGGCCGCAGCCCUCACCCAGCCACACGUGCCCAACAUCCAACACAAACCUUCAGCAGAAACGCAGAGGAGAAGCACGGAGGAACCACCCCUGUCCGUGACCAUAGCAUCACUGACCACCACUGAUGUGCACAAAUCUGCACCACCUGCUUCCAAACUGACAGAUAGAGGAGAUGUCACUCCGACCUUAAACAGCAAGCCCAAAGAUGCAACAAUCCCAGUAAAAAGAGAGAAAGAAAAGUCCUCAAUAAUCAAAGCAGAACAUAGCACUCCAGGAAGUGAUGUUGCUGUAAAAGUAUCAUCAAUGUCUGGGGAUUUGGAUGACGAGACCACCACCUCCACCAUCAUCACCACAACAGUUAUUACGACCAUGCAGACACCAGCUCCGUGCAGCACCAAUUUCACAUCACCGGGAGGCUACAUAGAGACACCGCAGCAAGCCAGGAGUUGGUACAAUACGGAUGUGGACUGUACAUACACCGUGACAGUCUACAUGGGCUAUGGGGUGGAAAUUCAGGUGAUGAACGUGAGCCUGGCCGAGGGCGACAUGGUCAAAUUUGAAGACCUGGGCGGCCGGGAACCUUCUGUCCUGGCCAACGAGUCCAUCUUAAUGAAAGGUCUGGUGGUACGCAGCUGGAGCAACCAAAUCUCCAUCCACUUCCGCAGCCGGCAGCCGCAGUCCAGCUCCUUGCUGCUGCGUUACCAAGCAUUUGUGUUGAGUUGCAACUUCCCUGAUAGACCAGCAUAUGGGGACGUGUCUGUCACCAGCCUGCAUGCAGGGGGAGAGGCCUAUUUCUACUGCUUCAAUGGAUUCCAACUCCAGGGUCCCUCCACCCUCACAUGCCGCAAUGCCACCACACCCUACUGGAGCGGCAAAGUGCCGCGCUGUCUUGUGGCCUGCGGUGGAAUGGUGAAAAAUGCGACUCUCGGCCGCAUUGUGUCUCCUGGUUUCCCUGGCAACUACAGCAACAACCUGACCUGCCACUGGGUGCUGGAGGCCCCUGAGGGUCAACGGCUGCACGUGCACUUCGAGAAGGUGGCCCUCGCGGAAGACGAUGACAGGUUUCUGAUUAAAAACGGCAACCACAUUGAUUCGCCGAUUUUGUACGACUCGUACGAGGUGGAAUACCUUCCUAACGAGGGAAUCGUUAGUUCCGCCAGACAUCUCUUUGUGGAGUUUACGACGGAUGGUUUCGGCACCAACACGGGAGUAGCCAUCAGAUAUGAAGCUUUUGCAGCAGGUCACUGCUACGAGCCAUUCGUCAAGUACGGCAACUUCACCACCACUGACAGCACCUACGCUGUGGGCACGGUCGUGGAGUUCACCUGUGACCCCGGAUACACCCUGGAGCAGGGCUCUGUUAUCAUCGAGUGCAUGGAUCCCAGCAACCCUCAAUGGAAUGAGACUGAGCCUGCCUGCAGAGGUGCGUGUGAAUGUUUGCCGGUUUGCAGUGGAGAGAUCACAGAUUCAGCUGGGGUGGUGUUGUCUCCAAACUGGCCUGAGGCCUAUGAUAAGGGUCAGGACUGCAUCUGGGGGAUCCAUGUUGAAGAAGACAAGAGGAUCAUGCUAGACAUCCAAGUUCUCCACAUGGGAAAGAACGACCUGCUGACUUUUUACGAUGGAGAUGACCUGACUGCAAAGAUACUGGGCCAGUACAGCGGUUCCCGUCCUCGCUUCAAACUCUACACCUCCAUGGCUGAUGUGACCAUUCAGUUCCAGUCGGACCCUGCUACCAACAUCUACGGCUACAACAAUGGUUUUGUGGUGCACUUUUUCGAGGUUCCCCGUAACGACACCUGUCCAGAGCUUCCAGAGAUUUCCAACGGCUGGAAGACCACAUCUCACCCUGACCUGGUGCACGGCACGGUGGUGACCUAUCAGUGUUACCCAGGCUUUGAGGUGGUGGGCACCGAAAUGCUCAUGUGUCAGUGGGACCUGACCUGGAGCGGAGACUUGCCUAGCUGUGAAAGAGUCCUGUCAUGCCCAGACCCAGGCACGGUGGAGCACAGUCGCAGGGUGAUGUCAGGCCCGCGUCUCAUCGUGGGCUCUACUGUCCAGUACAUCUGUAACAAAGGCUACUCGCUGUCAGGAAACAGCCUGCUCUCCUGCUACCACCGUGACUCCACCGGCCCCAAAUGGAGCGAGAAACUGCCCAAAUGCAUUCCUGAUUCGUAUGAGCCGUGUAGGAACCCCGGCACUCCUCCCUAUACCAUUCAGAGCUCAGAGAAGCAUGUGUAUCAGGCUGGAGAAACGGUGCGCUUCUCCUGCAUGAGUGGGUAUGAGCUCCAGGGUGAGCCUGUUCUCCGCUGUGUCCCAGGGCAUCCUUCCAAAUGGAGCCAUCCACCCCCAAUGUGCAAAGCGGUAACACUGAAAGGCUAUAGAAUCUAG